CUAUUCAUUACGUGCUUUCAAUUCAAGCAAGUAGUACUACUUCUAGAAGCAAAAAAUAGUAAAAAAAAAAAUAAAUAUUUGUAUAAAUUUCCGACUAAAUAUUUUACAUAUUGUAUCAAUUUGGAAUAAAAUGGCUUCCAAAGGCAAUAAAAAUGAUAGUGACCAGGAUACAAAUAAUAAUAUUGAUGAUAAAAAGGACACACAUACGAAUGUGGAUUUAGAAGAUAAUUCUGACGUAAACGCAAUUGAGGAUGUAUAUUAUCCAGUUGAGGAUAAUAUAGAAAAUAUUGAGAAUAAGAAUAAUAUCAAGAUCCAAGAUGAGAAUCAGAAUAAAAAUUAUAUAACGAUUGUGGAUAUUAUACAGGAGAAUAAUAAUGAUAUUAUCGCUAAGGAUAAAACUGCUAUUGAUGAAAAUAUUGAUGAAAUAAAAUAUGACGCUGUUACUCAAAAUUUUGAUAAAGUAUAUAACAAGGAAAAAGAUACGCAAAUCGAUUUAGAAGAUAAUGAUAAUAAUAAGGGUGAAAAUAAUAUUACGAAUGAUACUCAUGUUGAGAAUGGUAAUCAAAAGGAUGUUGAGCAAAAGGAUGGCGAUAAAGAGCGGCCAAUCAGUCAUACCAGUGCUAAGCGCAAGCGUGUUGAGAUGGAUGACGAGCUGCCAUCCACUUCAAAAGGACCUAUCAAGAUCUUCAAAGUUUCAGAAGAUACCAAAUAUUAUAUCUUUGAAAAUGAUAAGCGAAAUAAUGACCAGGAAGAAGGGGACAAUCCCGAUGUUGUGGUUGUUGUGAAGGAUGAGAAUGAUCAGAAAAAUGAUGAGAAUAAGGGAUAAUGCCAUCACAGGCAAACAAAAUAUUUAAAUUUUUUAUUUCAAAAUAGUUUUGUUAAAUGUUUGUGUUUCGUUUUUUGUUUAUUUUUUUAUCUUUUCAAAAUUCAUGGUCAACCCCCACAAUAUAUGCGUAUAUAAAUUC